AUGCUGAACGUGCGACGCUCUGCAGAAACCAUGUCGAAACGCGCAAUAAAGCAUCUCAUAACUCCAGAUGCGCGCGUCGCUAUUGAGUCCCAGACAGUCCUCGAAGCAAACUUACAAGAUGGAGACAUGCUGCAAGCAGUGCUUUUCACAGUCCAGGACAUUGUCGGCCAUGGAGAGAGAGCUUUGCCUUUUGAUCGCAUAGACCAUUCUGGAGACUAUGCAAUCAUAGUGCAAGAAGUCCUCAAUUUCUCGCGGUACCGGCUGUACCACUUACCUUCAUGGAGGCGUGGAAGUGCACCCCUGCUUGAGGCAGCUUCGGGGCAUGCUCUGGCCUUCGUGGGAGAUCAAGAAGUGGAGAAAGGACAAAUGGAUGGUGACCAGGUUGUCGCCACGGUCUUGCGGAAGAACCUCGAAGACCUUCUGUAA